ACAGCAUGUAAUCUGCUAAAUUUAUCGAAGUAAAUUUUACUUUUAUGCGUUGGUUUUUCCCUGUCGAUUCAUCAGUGCUCUACCAACUAUCGUUUAACUGGCGGAAUAUACUAGAGCGUUGAUCGAUCUGAAUAUUUCAAACAUCAAAGCGAUCUAAACUCAAGAAACUUCGCACGUGAAAUGGAUGACUACAGCUAUCUUUUCAAAAUCAUCUUGAUUGGAGAUGCAAACGUCGGAAAAACAUGCUUGGUGAAGAGAUUUGCUAAAGGUUUCUUUACACCUUCUCAGGGCCCUACAAUAGGCGUGGAUUUCACGAUACGAACUGUAGAAGUCGAUGGUGAAAAAGUGAAGGUAUAACACUUGUUUGUCGGUGUUGCUGAAACAAAGCUGUAACAUAAAAAGACUCGAUUUCGAAAGCUGCUCGCAAUUUUUUUUUUUUGCAUUUCGUCACUACAUAUUUUCCUAAAUUAAAUGAUGAUUUUGGCAACUUUCAAUCAUGUGUCUAAGUAUAAACUUGUUUCUUUCGUAUUUUCAAUUGUUUCCAGUACAAGCUCGAUUCAAGAGUGAAAUUUAACAUUGCCCGCUUUCGUGAGCGGCAUCGGUUUUGUUUUUCAUUUUCAAACCACAAUAUUUAUGAAUUAAAUGAUGAUAAUCGUUUCCUCGACGUCCGAUAAGAAAGCGACGUUCAAUGAAAAACAUUAUUCAAUGAUACUAUGAAUUUUUUUUCUUUUUUCGAAGAUUUUAAAUAGCUGUCUUUCUUGGCAAGUACGUGCGUAUUUGAUCCAUUGUAAUAUGCAAUUUGCGCCUACGUUUCAACUGCUUUUUGCUGGUAAUUUUGUUGACUGGGUGUUAGAAAUCGAAAAUUCCUCAGAUCAUUUCCUCCUAAUAAAUUCGUCCUCUGUUGAUUUACAGAAUACAAAUGAGUUCUUGAAGUUCGAGGAUGUGAUCAUGCCCAUUUUUAAAACGUAGAUUUAACUUCCAUUGUUAAAUGCGCAGUAAAACCACAACAUUGUCAGUGUGGAAAAUAAGUUGAAACUUUUUCCCAAAUAAAUUGCGUGAAUAAAACCCUAGCUCAUUUACAACUUGCUAAAUUUCGUUUUGGGAAUACAGUAAUAGAGAGACUUCCGCUCGGAAACGCGUACAUUCAAUUACAAUCAUUUGUUUUCCAUUUACCUUUAGUUUUGGUACUUUUCCCUCUUUCUGUUUCAUUUGCAUUAGCUUUAGCCGGUGUCAUGUGAAAUUUUUAAUUUUCGCCUAGAUAUUUAGGUGUUAGAUAUGAUAGAUAAUUCUGUUUCACUUUAUAUGAGUUGCCAGCUGAAUUGUUAUCCAUUAAGUGAUGAGCCUUCAAAAUCGGAAGUCCUCGCUUCGUUGUUGGAAAACAUAAGCGUAAAAAAGAAAGCUGAAACAAAAAAAAGGUGUUACUUCUCAAAAAAGAAAACUUUACGUCCUGAUCUCAAGCUAUAAUUCACCGGCUUACUGAUUAAGAAGCAUGUGAAAUUUUUAGGCCUGAAUAAAUCUUGAACCUGUGAGACUGUGCAUUAUUUAGGCCUCAAAUUAAAAGAGUUAACAAUGAAAUAUUUAAAUUUUUUUUUCAAAUAAGCUAACUUGUGGUGAAAAAUUUUUUUCAUGGCCUUUAACUCCUUAGAGUGACUAACACCUAAUAUCUCUAUACAUUAUCUUAACUGGAUCAAACUUAAAGAUUACCAGAAUACAGGAAUUGAUCAGCCAAUCAAAAAGCUCCUGAUUGUGAAAGAAAUUCACUUUGUCAGUUGUAAAGAGAACAGUAUAUUCAACAAAAUAUUCUUCCUGAUAUUAAGGUGUAAAGGGUUAGUCUCUUGUUAUUUUCAUUCCUGUUAUACAUUUAUUUAUUUAUUUUAUAUUUGUAGCUGCAAGUAUGGGAUACUGCAGGCCAAGAACGCUUCCGUUCUGUCACACAGAGUUACUACCACAAUGCAGAUGGAGUCAUUGUAACAUAUGAUAUCACCAAUCGAAAAUCAUUCGACAACUUACAACAACAUUGGCUUGAUGACGUCCAUAGAUUUACAAGCAAGAAAGUGCUUAUGUAUAUGGUAGGGAACAAGAGUGAUUUGUCACAAGAGAGAGAAGUGGAUUUUGGGAGUGUGCAAAUGAUUGCAGAACAAGAAAACUGUAUUGCCAUGGAAACAUCUGCCAAAGAAGCAGACAAUGUAGAGAACUUGUUUAUGAGUUUAGCUACACAGUUGAAGAGAAAUGUUAAAAAUGUGGAGGGUAAUGAAGCAAAAGACAAUCCAACUGCUGACGAGAAUGGCACUACUGGGGUUAACCUUGGAGGCCAUUCAAUUUGUGCGCGGGGACCCCUCUCUUGUUGUAGAGUAUAGAAAUAUUGACAGCAUUAAAGAUUCAAAAAACAUGGAUUAAAAAACUCAACAAAUUCCAAACCAUCCCAAGAAAGGAAAGACUUUUAUGUUAUUUAGGAAAGAGUUCAAUAACAACAUUUACAAUUUUGCAAAUUUUACCAUAGUGGGAAGAAUUAAACUUCUCUGUUUAUGAUAUUAAGUACAAAACUAUAUUGGGCAUGAUGACCGCCUCUCCCAAAAAAAUCACUCAUAAUUUUCAAAAAGAUUCUAUGUGAAAUGAACCCCAUAAUUUAUAGAAAUAUUGAUAUUAUAGUCACACAAAACAAGUAGACAAGUUUUCAUACCAGAUUCAGUCAAAUAUAUAUCAAUUGUUAAAGGGAAAAGAUCAUGUAUAUAUUGUAUAAAAUUAGUUGGUGAGGAACAUUUGUAUUCAAUUAUAUUUUUCUGUAUAAAUGACAAUUUUCUGCAAAGGAUUAUUAAAUAUCUUUCUAAGUGAAGCUACAUUACAACUGUAAAAUAUUUCUUUUUUUGCAAUCUGAGUGGAACAUUACCUUCUUAGGUCAUUUAACUGAAAAUUAAUUAUCUUUUUCUAAAGUUAACAAUUUUUAGAUCCUUUUAACCCUUUCCCAAGAUCUCAUUGGUAACUCUCCUUACUGUCUGCAAUAUAGUUCUUCUGAUGUUAGUUUGGAGAAUUUGGUUUUAGAUCAACUAAUAAUCCCCUAAAUAAGAUUUUUCUUGAUUCUCAUUACUUGUCUCCUUGAUAUUGUAUUGAUAAUGUA